AUGGCGGCGGAGCUGGCCCUGAGCGCGGCGGACUUGCCCACCAGCCCGCUGGCCAUCGAGUACGUCAACGACUUCGACCUGAUGAAGUUCGAGGUGAAGAAGGAGCCGGCCGAGGCGGAGCGCUUCUGCCACCGCCUGCCGCCGCCGGGCUCGCUCUCCUCGACGCCGCUCAGCACCCCCUGCUCCUCGGUGCCCUCCUCCCACGCGGUCCACGGCGGCGGCGGCCACCACCACCACCACCACGGCCACCACCACCCGCACCACCACCACCUGCGCCUGGAGGAGCGCUUCUCCGACGACCAGCUGGUCUCCAUGUCGGUGCGCGAGCUCAACCGGCAGCUGCGCGGCUUCUCCAAGGAGGAGGUGAUCCGCCUCAAGCAGAAGCGGCGCACCCUCAAGAACCGCGGCUACGCGCAGUCCUGCCGCUACAAGCGCGUCCAGCAGCGGCACAUCCUGGAGAACGAGAAGUGCCAGCUCCAGGGCCAGGUGGAGCAGCUCAAGCUGGAGGUGGCCCGCCUGGCCAAGGAGCGCGACCUCUACAAGGAGAAGUACGAGAAGCUGGCCGGGGGGCGCCCCUUCGCCAACGGAGCCGGCCCCGGAGCCGUCGUCGUCGUCGGGGAGCCCCCCGGC